AAGUCUUACUUCUAACUAAAGAAAUUGGCAUAAAGAAAACACACUACCUGUCAGAAUGAGUCCAUCACUUCAAAAGAAUUUCAUUGCUUCCGUUUUGCUGAUUUUUGUGUUUUGUGCAGCUCAAGGCUUGUCCCGGACCUUGAAUGACGAUGCCUUCCUUGCUGAAAAGCAUGAGCAAUGGAUGAGUCAAUAUGGUCGUACGUACAAGGACAUUGCAGAGAAGGAGAAGCGAUUCAAUAUAUUCAAGGAAAACUUGAAGUAUAUAGAAAACUUCAACAAGGCUGGGAACAAGACUUACAAGUUAAGCGCUAACAAAUUUGCAGACUUGACUCAUGAAGAAUUCGUUGCCUUGUAUACCAUUAAGAACAUACCAACUACUUCAAGCCCGACGAAAAGAUCCUUCAAGUAUCAAAACCUCACAGAUGCUCCAACAAGCAUGAGUUGGGUGGAUAAAGGAGCUGUAACCCAGAUAAAGUACCAAGGGGACUGUGGAUGUUGUUGGGCAUUUUCAGCCGUGGCGGCCAUGGAAGGGAUUGUACAAAUCAAAACUGGCAAAUUAAUGACUCUGUCAGAGCAACAAGUACUAGAUUGUAACACCGACAAUAUGGGUUGCAAUGGUGGGUUUAUGGAUAAAGCAUUUGAUUACAUUGUUCAAAACCAAGGUCUCACAACAGAUACCAAUUACCCGUACCAGGCAAUGGAGGGAACUUGCGAGUCUUCCAAAAUCGCAAACAUUGCUGCCCAAAUUAGUGGUUAUGAAGAUGUGACUCCCAACAGUGAGACGGCAUUACUACAGGCUGUAUCUCAACAGCCUGUGUCAGUUGCCAUUGAUGGUAGUGCAAGGGAUUUUAGAUUCUACGGGACGGGGGUUUUCACCGGAGAAUGUAGCACUCAUCUUUCUCACGCUGUCACUGCAGUUGGGUAUGGAACAAGUGACGAUGGCACUAAGUUCUGGUUGAUAAAAAAUUCAUGGGGCGAGAGUUGGGGUGAAAAUGGUUACAUGAAGAUUCAGAGAGAUGUUGACAAUCCUGAAGGUCUCUGUGGGCUUGCUAAGAAUCCUUCCUAUCCAGUUGUCUAAGUAGUACUCAAAAUUUAAAAAAACUAUCUUCUACAGUUUCCUACAAUAAGCUUAUGAUGCAUUUUCUUGGCUGAGAAAAUGUCAGUAUUGCUGCUGUUGUAUAAGUUAUGAAAAUCAUGUCUUUUAUGCUAUGAUGCUAUAUACAGUAAGAUAAAACACUCUUACAUUUU